AUGGAGGCGAGAGGGAAUGGAGAGCGGCUUGUGGCAAAAUGUGGCAUGAUGAGAACAACGUUGAUGAUGGUAUCAGGUGCUUCGAAUUGCCUCAAGAUUCUAGUGGCAGAGGUUAUUGUUUGUCGAGCAAAACUAUAUGCUUAUUUCAUAUUGAAAACAAUUUAUGUCGACGAGGAAAUACUCAAGAAUGGAUUAUGCAUGAGGCUGAUUGCUCGGAAUUAUUGGAAGUAUACGAGAUAUCAACAAGUCACACAAGUGCACUUCAUCUCGAUUCUAGCAAUUGCUCAUCCGUCAUUUCGUUGA